CAUAUUUUCUGUGUUUUUAUUUGUUUUCAUUCCUCUUUCCCCUUAUUUCCCUUUCAUAUUUAUUUCUUUUCAUCUGUUUUUCAUUUAGCAUCCCAGCAGUCGAGCGGUGGCCCUUCUAACUCACUGGACUGUGAGCUGGCUUUUUGGUUUGGGUUUUAAUUUCUGUUUCUGUGGUUUGGUUUUCCAGUUUUGAGUUAGGUCUUUGGUUUUUAAUUUUGCCUUCUGUUUUCAUUUUAUUUUAUUUUUCUCAAUUUUAAUUCCUCGUUUCACUUUAUUCCUUUUCCUCGGACACAGUUCCUGCAGACAUGCCACCUACAAAGAAGUCUAAUCAGACCAAGGAAGAGAGAGUAGGGCUCAACCCUGUGCCCAUCUUCUUUGGUGAAGAGAUAUUCACCAGCCAAUACACCGUCCUGAGGAAAUUAGGCCAAGGUGCCAACGCCAAGGUGAUGCUGGCCCAGCACCGUCUCACAGGUGUCCGAGUGGCCGUGAAAGUGUUGUCGAGGGACAGGCAGUGGCGCCAGCCUUCUGUUGCAGAAGUGGACAUUCUGAUGGCCAUCAACCACCCGAACAUUGUUUCUCUCCUCCAAGUCAUUGAGACCGAGAAGAAUAUCUACCUCAUCAUGGAGAUGGCCGAGGGAGAACAGCUGUUUCAUUACGUCUGUGAGUCUGGAGGCUUGCAGGAGAAUGAGGCCCGGGAACUAUUCCACCAGAUCGUAGGAGCUGUGGGCUACUGCCACGACCAGGGCAUAGUCCACCGAGACCUGAAACCUGAUAAUAUCAUUGUAGACCCUUCUGGAAAAGUGAAGAUCAUCGACUUCGGCUUGGGCACCAAAGUCAGGCCUGGGAAACAGCUUGACAGGCCUGGAGGGGCAUUUCACUUUGGAGCCCCUGAAUUCUUCCUAGGUGUGCCGUACGACGGCCCUAAAGUGGACGUGUGGACCUUGGGGGUCCUCCUGUUCUUCAUGGUAACAGGGACGCUCCCUUUUGCCGCGCCCUCCUUCUCACAGCUUUGGGAGAAGGUGGUACAAGGGAGGUUUGAGGUCCCAAACCAGCUUUCCACAGAGCUCCAGGGCCUGAUCAGACACUUACUAACUGUCAACCCCAGCCAGAGGCCAACAGUUAAAGAGAUCAAAAGGCACUCGUGGCUGAGACGCGAGAGAACAUCGACUCACAGCGAAGAGACAAUCCCGAGCUUCCCGGACCCUGCAAUCAUGGCAGCCAUGGCAAACAUCGGCUUUAACAUCCAAGAUAUAAGGGAGGCCUUACUGAACAGGAAAUUUGAUGAGACGAUGGCAUCGUACUGUUUACUACACCAUCAAGCCCGCCAGGGACAGGACGGCUCGGUCCUCCACAAGCUCAGGGACACAUCGGUGACACACUUCACCUCACCCACAGACCCUGUCUCCUUCCCUUUGCCUCUGAGGAGGAGGGCCACUGAGCCUGCCCUUCAGACAAUCUUAUCUUCAACAGGAAACCAGAGGCUAGAGAUUGUACGGCAGCCCAGACAAAGUGCCAUUGAGUGGGACAGUCCUCUCUGCUUCUAUUCUUGGCAUAUUCUCGGCACUGCUCACCAGUGUGGCGCCAGGGCUCCCCACAUUUAUCCCCCAUCCAGCCGUCAGGGGAACACAGGGAACAUCGCAUUAUUCGAGGAGAAGCCCCUCCCCGGCAAGCCAGAUCUUAGCAAGUGCGCAGCCUCGAGUCCCAGACAACACAGUGAGUGGAAGACGUGGCCAAGGAGGCUUGGGCAGCGUCUAUCGAAGCUCUGUUGCUGCUUGCCGUCACAGAACGAGCCUCUUGCAUGGCAGAACAGAGUGUCUCCCCAGAAAUGAGGGGACAGAGUCACUGUCAAAGAAAAGUGAGGCUUGCAGCCAGCCCAGGUUUGACAGGCCUUCUUCUGAUUGGUUCCUCGUCCACACUCCCAACCAAUCAGGGCCUGAGACUGAAAGUAUCUACAUCCCAGUUUGCCCAGUCUGGCUCUACAGUCUCUGUCUAUCAAGACUGCUGCUGUCGUAUGACCUGAAAAGACAGAGCCAUCUAAGACUCAACGUUUCCGCGGUAAAGCUGCCGGCGGCGGGAGGCUGGUUCCUGCCUCAGCCCCUGAGACUCAGCCCUGUCUUGGAGACCAACCUCCCUGCUUUCCCAUCCGGUCAACCCUGUGAGCCUCCAGGCUGCCGAGACCUGCUCUCUCGGACCUCUCCUGGCCUGCAGUCGGCUGCAGUAGAGUGUCUCAGAGCUAGAACGUUCCCAUUGGCAUUUCCAUGUCCCUUUCUGAACUUGAACUACUGCACUGAAAUACAACCUUGUUUGCUCACACUCCCGUUACUGGAAGGAAGGAAAAGACAAGAGCUCAAAAUACGUAGACUGGACGGUCGGUCUCACAAUCAGGAGUGUUCUAGGUAGGACAGGCCCCAGUCUGUUUGGACUGCAGACACAGAUAACAGGCAGUGAGGAUUCUAAGGUCAGGGACUCUCAUUCAGAGAGACACUGGUUGGCAAGGGUUCCGUUCAGUAGGGGAGAUCCCUGUCAGCAUGGCUUCUACCCAGUAGUGACCCAAGUCAGCUGGGAGUCUCAGUCAGUGAUCACCAUGCCUGGAUUAUUUCUUUACAGGGGUUCUGGGAUCCAAACUCACGCUUGUAUGACAAGCAAUUUACUGAUGUUGCUACAUCUCUAUAACCAUGACCCUACUAUGCCGAUGUUCUACUGCUGUGAAGAGACACCAUUGUAGAAGAACCUAAUUGGGUUCUUGCUUACAGAGGCUUAGUUUAUUAUCAUCAUGGCAGGAAUAUGGUGGCAGGCACGGCGUUGGAGAAGUAGCUACUAUAUCCUGAUCCACAGGUAGCGGGUAGAGAGAGACCCUGGACCACUUGUCCUUAUUUUGUUUGUUUUUUGAGACAGGGUUUCUCUGUGUAGCUUUGGAGGCUGUCCUGUCACUCGCUCUGUAGGCCAGGCUGGCCUCAAACUCACAGAGAUCCACCUGCCCCUGACUCCCGAGUCCUGGGAAUAAAGGUGUGCACCACCGACGCCCAGCUUGUCAACUCUUCUAACCCUGUCAAGAAUUUAAUUCCCUGUGACUAAGCAUUCAAAUAUAUGGACCAAUGCUUCAUCAAACCGCCACGCCCCGUAUGUAACCUUACAGCAUCCUUCACCACAAUACAUGGGUGAUGCUAGU